AUGGAUAUCCCAUCGCAACUUAAGAUACGAUCGAUCGUAGCCUUUGGUGAAAUCGGCCCCAGAACUGAGGAGAUCCUUGCUGGUGCUCUCCUGGAACAAGCCGAGGCCCUCUUGGAUCGAGGCAUCCACCCCAUCCGCAUCGCCGACGGCUACGAGAUGGCCGCCCGGAAGGCCUGCCAGAGACUGGGGGAGAUCAAGGAGGCGUUUGAGGUCAACCAGGACAACUUAGAGCCGUUGAUCGAGACGGCCAUGACAACACUUGGCUCCAAAAUUGUGAACAAGUGCCACCGACAAAUGGCCAAGAUUGCCGUGGAUGCCAUCAUGGCCGUCGCUGACUUUCAACGGAAGGACGUGGACUUUGAACUGAUCAAGGUGGAAGGGAAGGUUGGCGGCAAACUGGAAGAUACCAUGCUGGUCAAAGGGGUGGUCAUCGACAAGGACUUCAGCCAUCCUCAGAUGCCCAAGGAAAUUCGAGAUGUUAAGUUGGCCAUCCUGACAUGCCCAUUUGAGCCUCCUAAGCCCAAGACGACCCACAAGCUGGACAUCAAGUCAGUAGAGGACUACAAGAAACUCAAGGAGUACGAAGCAAAGAAAUUCACAGACAUGGUGGAACAGGUGAAGGCCACGGGGGCCAAUCUGGCCAUCUGCCAGUGGGGUUUUGACGACGAGGCCAACCACUUGCUGCUCCAGAACAAACUCCCGGCCGUCCGCUGGGUCGGAGGACCAGAAAUAGAGUUAAUCGCCAUUGCGACUGGCGGCCGCAUUGUCCCACGUUUCCAGGAGCUCACGGCGGAGAAGCUGGGCAGGGCAGGUAUCGUCAGGGAGCUGACCUUUGGCACCACCAAGGAUCACAUGCUAGUGAUUGAGGAGUGCCACAACUCCAGGGCUGUCACCAUCUUCAUCAGGGGAGGCAAUAAAAUGAUCAUCGAGGAGGCCAAGCGUAGUCUACACGAUGCCUUGUGCGUCAUCCGUAAUCUGGUCCGAGACAAUCACAUCGUGUACGGUGGAGGUGCUGCAGAGAUUGCUUGUGCUCUAGCCGUGAGCAAAGAAGCAGACAAGAUUUCCACGAUAGAGCAGUACGCCAUGCGUGCCUUUGGUGAAGCCCUGGAGUCCAUUCCAAUGGCGCUAGCCGAGAACAGCGGACUGCACCCGAUCCAGACACUCGCCGACAUCAAGUCCAGACAGAUCAAGGAGGGCAACCCAAGGCUAGGAAUCGACUGCAUGGGCAGGGGCACCAAUGACAUGAAGGAACAGCACGUGAUUGAGACGCUGAUUGGAAAGAUGCAGCAGAUCAACCUGGCUACCCAGCUGGUCAGGAUGAUCCUCAAGAUCGACGACAUCAGGUCGCAGGUCGGCGAGGGUCAAUGA